GAAAAAAAACAAUUUUAUUUUAAUUAUAAAGAUAUUUUAUUUAGUAAAUUUUAUCAAUAUCUAUCACAAGCUGAUGAGUUUAGGAACGCUAAGAACUAUAGUUCUUUUACAUUCAAGCGUAUAAACGAAAAGCAUAAAAUGGCUAAAUCCAAGGAAAAAAAAGGUAAAAGUGCUAUGAGCGAGGUUGUAACUCGUGAAUAUACAGUGAAUCUCCACAAACGUCUUCAUGGUGUUGGAUUUAAAAAGCGUGCUCCACGAGCUAUUAAAGAAAUUCGUAAAUUUGCUGAAAAACAAAUGGGAACUCCAGACGUGAGAAUUGAUACACGACUCAAUAAGCAACUUUGGUCUAAAGGAAUUAGGAAUGUACCAUUCAGAGUUCGUGUACGAUUGAGCAGAAGAAGAAAUGAUGAUGAAGAUUCUGCAAACAAGUUAUAUACCCUUGUUACUUAUAUACCAGUUGCUUCCUUUAAGGGUUUACAAACAGAAAAUGUUGAUGCCAGUCAAGAUUGAUUUAUUUCUGAUUAAUAAAUAAUUUAUCUCAAUUUAUU